GCAUAAAGGUAAAAAACAAUAUGUACAGUGUUAUCUUCAUUUUAGACGUCACAAAGUAUUUGCGGCUCCCAGUGUUUUCUUUUGCGUGGAAACCGGCUCCAAGUGGCUCUUUGGGUCUUAAAGGUUGUGACCCCUGGUCUAGACUGAGGCUCUCUUUAUUACAACAGUUUACCUCUAAUGGGGGGUCUUGCCCUACCAAAUUUUUAAUGUACUACUGGUCUUCACAUAUUCAUAAGCUGACCUACUGGCUAAAUUCACUGAACCUGAUUUGGUGUAAACUUGAAAUUCAAUCAGUUUCUCCAUAUUUUCCAGCCGCCUCUCUUAUCUACUCAUCACUGCCUGUUAAACAUCGUCUGUUGCUUCAAAUCCCGUAGUGCUCUCUACACAUAAGAUGUGGUUUCAGUUCAGGUCGCAUUUUAAAUUCAUAUCCCCCUCUACCAGAUUACUAUUGUUAAGGAAUAAUCUAUUUUCCUGCCACUGCCGCCUGUCUGACGUGGCAUGAAAGAGACAUAAAAAGCGUGAGAGCCCUUUACAAAGAUGAUGUCUUUCUUAGUUUCUCAGAGCUGUCCUCAAAAUGUAACCUACCUCCUUCUCACUUGUUUCUCUAUUUGCAAAUUAGACACUGUGUCUCAUCACUGUUUCCAAACUUCUCCCUGCUGAUGCUCUAUGGGUUGACCUUCUGCUUGUGAGGCCUAAUCAAAAAUCACUUCUAUCAAAUAUAUAUUGUAUGCUUAUGGUGACCCAAACUGAUUCAUCUGGUAAAAUCAGAACCGCCUGUGAGGAUGAAUUAGGUGUUGAACUGUUUGAAUCAUGGUGGGACAAGGUGACUCUCAUGCGUUCAAGUACACCAUGUGCUACAGCUUGUACAGUUUAGUCCAUUUCUCAAAAUCCCGUUUGUCUAAAAUUUUCCUUCAAUUAUAGAUCAAUGUGACCUCCCCCUGCAAUCCAUAUGUUUUCUUCUGUCCAAGUUUGAACACAUUUUGGGUUUUCAGAGGCUUUUGGAUCCGAUCCGAGAAGACCCUCUAAUUGCCAUAUUUGGAGUUCCAGAGACCCUCUUAAUAUAACUCCCCAGCAAACUGAGAUCGUGGCUUUUUGUUCCCUUCUUGCUAGACGCUGUAUUUUACGCCUCCAUCUGCAUUGCAAUGGCUUAAUACUGUCCGGACAUUCUUGAGGGUGGAGACGAUCUCACUCACAGUGAAAGGUAGUCCUGCUAAAUUUAUCCACAAGUGGCAUAUGUGGAAUAUCUCAGAUCUUUUCCUUAGAACAAUGUGAUUUACCCACCUGCAACUAGAUUGAAAAGAAUUUGAAAUUUAGUCUUUUUUUAAGGUAGGCACAGGAUUUAAGCCCCGCCCCUUCUAUUCUUUUAUUUGUAUUUAUUUAUUUAAAUUUUACUUUAUUUUAUUUAUUUAAGAUUUUUUCUAAUUUAGAUCAUACAAACUUAUUUCUAAUAAGUUUGUAUGAUAAACAGAUAAAAUAAAACCAGUGGGUGAAUGACAGCAUUCUUACAAUAAACAGGGACCUGACCAGAAACCAAUGAAGUAUUGAUAAUUGUCAGCACACAGGGACCGAUAGACUGAAAGACAUUUGUAAACAAAGAUCCAGGUAAAAUAUCAGGAGAGCAGGAGGACGCUUUUUAAUCAAAUUAACUAAUUUGACCAGUUUAGGUAAGGACACAGGUUAAAAUAACAGGACUAGGUGGGGUUGGAGCAGACAAGAGACACAGAAGGAGAUAUAUUGUUCCUAACAUUGCUGACUUUUUCAACAAAGAAAGUUUUCACAAUCUUCAUUCAAUGAAAUUGGGACAGCAGGUGGAGCAGGAGCAACUAUAUCACUAACGGUGUCUAAUACUACCUUGGGGUUACCUCUGCUCUUUGAAACUAGGUCUGAGUACCCAUAGCUUCAGUCACAGGUGAGGCUAAGGAUAUCAAUCGAUGGCUAAUUCAACAGCUUUGCUUAUGUGCUCAGUUGUGAACCACCCCAAGGAAAGCUGGACCCAUGAAAUCCUCAGACCAGAUCCCGAGGCCCCUGAAACAGACGCCCUUCCCCUUCUGGACAAACUAAAAACUUCCAUCACUCGCGAUUUAAGAGCAGCAGGAUGAGAUGGGGAACUGCAGGACGCAAAUAUAAAGUGUCAGUGCUGUACGUAAAGACUCAUGGCCACAUUAAUGUGAAUAAAUAAAAACAUCGGGCAGGGGCGUGUGGUGCAAGCCCAUACAUUUAUAAAGCAUGAUGAGAGAGAAACCUGAACUGCUUCACACUGAUGUGACUGAACCCGAGUACGACACUGCCUAAACUCCUGCACUAAAUGUCCAGCAGGGGGCGACUGGUUGUAAGAAGUCACUAAUGACGAGAUGUAAACAUGCUUAAAAGUCAGUACUGAGGGUUGGAUUAAACGCAGAGAUGCGCAGCUGGCAGUGAAUGUUCAUAGAAAGAACGACACCGACUUUCUUCGUUUCCUUCCUCGGGCUGUAAACAUUCAAGCCUGGAAAGUGUCUAGAUUUAGAGGAAAUAAAUAUUUAUUUAAUGAAGGACAGAUGUAAGGAGGGUGGAGGUCAGAGUCCAGCUGUCAGUGUGAUGCUCCUGUCAGACAAAUAUAAUCUGUCCUCUGGGUGUCUCCUGUUUUAACAUGUUUUACUGCUAAUGAGUCUGACAGAAGAGAGAGGGGGAGAGCAUGCCAGGCGCUGAGAGGAAGGAAGGAGGCGAGUUAAAGAGGAGGAGGGGCAGAGUGGUGGAUUCAGUCAGUCCUUCGUUCAGUCGCAGCUCAGAUGGAGGUUUUUCCUCCUGCUGAGGAGACUCUGAUGGCAUGACAACGGCUUCCUGAGUGAGAAAGAGCGAGAGAGAAAGAGAGAGAGAGAGAUAUCCUGCCCUCAGUUUCCACGGUGACGGCAUCCCUCCAUCCUCCUCCAUCAUCUCUCCGCCCGGCUGCUGUCGACAUCGUCGGGAUGGGAGAUAAAGGAACAAGAGUGUUUAAGAAAGCCAGCCCCAAUGGAAAGCUCACCGUCUACCUGGGGAAGAGAGACUUCGUGGACCACGUGGAUCGGGUGGAGCCUGUCGACGGCGUCGUUCUGAUCGACCCGGAGUACCUGAAGGAGAGGAAAGUGUUUGUGACUCUGACGUGUGCGUUCCGUUAUGGUCGCGAGGAUUUGGACGUCCUCGGAUUGACGUUCCGGAAGGACCUGUUUGUGGCGAACAUCCAGGCGUUUCCUCCGGUCACCGAAGAGAAGAAGACUCUGACUCGUCUUCAGGAACGUCUGAUUAAAAAACUGGGAGAACACGCCUACCCGUUCACCUUCGAGAUUCCUCUGAACCUGCCGUGUUCGGUCACCCUGCAGCCGGGACCGGAGGACACCGGAAAGGCCUGCGGAGUCGACUUUGAGGUGAAAGCUUUCUGUGCCGAAAAUGUUGAAGAAAAGAUCCACAAAAGGAACUCUGUGCGUCUGGUGAUCAGGAAGGUGCAGUACGCUCCAGAGAAACCUGGCCCUCAGCCGACGGCAGAAACCACCAGACAGUUCCUGAUGUCGGACAAACCGCUGCACCUGGAGGCCUCGCUGGACAAGGAGAUCUAUUACCACGGUGAGCCAAUCAGCGUCAACGUUCACGUCACCAACAACACCAACAAGACCGUGAAGAAGAUGAAGAUCUCAGUGCGACAGUACGCCGACAUCUGCCUGUUCAACACGGCUCAGUACAAAUGUCCCGUGGCCACCGAGGAGUCAGAUGACGUUGUGGCUCCCAGUUCGACUUUCUGCAAAGUUUUCACCCUCACUCCGUUUCUGGCUAACAAUCGCGAGAAACGAGGUCUCGCUCUGGACGGAAAACUGAAGCACGAGGACACCAACCUGGCGUCCAGCACGCUGUUGAGAGAUGGAGCCAAUAAGGAGAUUCUCGGCAUCAUCGUGUCCUACAAAGUCAAAGUGAAGCUGGUUGUGUCUCGUGGCGGGCUCCUUGGAGAUCUGGCAGCGAGUGACGUCUCGGUCGAGCUGCCCUUCACGUUAAUGCACCCGAAGCCUUUAGAGGAGUCCUUCUACAGGGAAGCUGCAGACGAGGCUCCAGUCGACGCGAACCUCAUCGAGUUUGACACAAACGACGAUGACAUCAUCUUCGAAGACUUUGCCCGCCAGCGGCUGAUCGGAGCAAAAGACGACAAGGAUGAAGACGAGGAGCCGGUGGACUCGCCCAAACUGGACGACAGAUAGAGGGGAGGAGACACUGCGGCUGUUGUUUUGCUGCUGUAUGUAGUGUGGAGCUAAUGGAGUUCACCUUUAGGUCAAACCACAGUCUGGACACCCUUUAAACACUCGGUGGUGCCGUGUUUGUGUGCUCGUUCAUGUCUGUCCUCUCUGAGUCCCGGUGAGGUGUUUAAAAAAAAAACUAGAAUACUGCAGCCUAGACAUCGGAGCGGCUCUUUGCUCCGACGGAGUCGCCUGGAGCGCCGACCCGGCAGCUCCUAACGACAGCUGGUAGCAUGCCUCUAAUGUCUCUUUGUUCUAAGUGUUUCCAUUAGGGACCAAACAGAUGUAAAGUUGUGUUGAGAUUAGUUUAAAGUCUUUAGAAACAACACUGCCAGCCUCGGUUGAUCUUGAACCCUCUGCCACUGGAGACAAACUUCAGCCGAUGGAGGAUUUUGCUGAGUAACCAUCUGUAGUCGGUGUUGCUGAAGCUGCAGAGCAGAUGGGAAACGGCACCGAAGUGAUCUGCUGGGCCGCCCGACAAGAGGACCUCAAACUGUCAGAGUGAGCCACCGACCAUUUAACAGCAACCGGUGGCCUAGUUUGCAUGAAUAAAUACUUCCUAUGAUUUAUUAAUGUCAUGAAUAAUCAAACUGAUUUUAAAUAGCAUACAGUUUCAUGUGUUCAUGCUGAUAAUUUUCCGAAUCAUCAUCAGAACGAUUUUCUUCCUUGCAGGUAGUCGCUGGUCGUCCAUAUUCGCUUCGUUUCUGUUAAAAUCAGCACGGCUUCAUGUUGCCUUAAAGUAAACGCUGCGCUUUAAUAUGAUACAUGUGUCAGACAAAUAUAAUUGGCAUCCUUUACGUGUUUGUUACCUUUACCUCUGUUUAACUGAAACAAUCAGACAUCUGGCAGAAAUUUAAAGAGCAGCUGUUCGAACUGUGGCCUGAUCGUUGUGAAUGCUUUUAAGACUGUAGAGAUAAAUAUUUUGUUUCCUCAAACAACAUUCUGAUAAUUAUGAGUCACUUUAGUGUGACAGGCUAAUUCUGAAGCUAAUAAUGUUAAAUUUCUACUGAAAUAUCCGAAACAUUUCGUCACCCAGUAAAUCUUCACUUACCUUAAAUGUAAUAAAGUUUAAAACUGAAAAUAAACCGAAAGAUCUUUUAUUGAAACUGAACUGAAACUCAGAGACACCAAGCAAAAUUGAAAAUAUUAUUUUAUUCACUAAAUAAAAUCUGAUAGAACAGUGUUGCGGUCAGAGGUCAUCACACAGGCCUCCUAGCAAACACUCACUGCUGGUGACUGGGUGGCGAGUGGUUGUGGCAGUUGCUCGGUGAAAUAUGGUGCUGCAACAAAAGCCUCCUGUGGUUGUUCUGGCCUGUGGCAGACUGCCUCAGUUGCCUGAAGUUUGCAUGGAAGAUGCAACUUUUACUGGUCUGCAGAUGACUCAACGUCUUAUAUGCAAACUACAGGUGAUGGAGGCAGUCACAGAGAGGUUUGUGGCGUAGCGGCCUUCUUUUACAUUAACCACUCACAGCUGGCUGGUGAACAAUGACCAGAGGUUGCCAGUGGGUCGUUGUCCGGUUUCUCGGCCUGUGGGACUGGCUCCUUAGACCGCUGAAGAUUAGCGCUCUAAUGGGCAAUCCCUACGUGCCGGCUGAUUUUACAGAAACAAAGUAAAACUAGUGGCUGUGCUGAAGAAAGAGAAUCCACAUGGAAAUUCAUCAAUGAUUUGUAAGAGAAUUGGCAGGGAUGUCAUCCAUCCAUAUGUCGUAUCAGGUGACUUGAGCAGGUAAAGAAAUUGUGCAAACCUUUAUUUUGAAAAGAUUCAAAGUUAAAGAGUCUCAAACAUCCUGUAUGAGGGGUAAGAUGUGUUUCUGCUUACUUUAAAGUCAGACUGAAACCAGUUUUUGCAUUGUAACGUACAGUUUAAGAAAAAACAGAAAACAUCAGCUGUGUCUGAUUGUUCAUUUUGGCGGGGCGCGAGGAAAACUUGUAUAUUUCACUGGAUCUUAAAUAAAAGGACGUUUGUGUCCCCAUUUGUCUGGAUUCAUGAAACUAAACAAAAACGAACUUUUCAACCGACGAGGUGCUCAGAGGAGGUUCAUGGAUGUAGUGGAGGAGGACAUGCAGAAGGUUGGUGCAACAGAGGAGGAUGCUGGGAAAAGGGUGAGCUGAAGGCAGUAAAGACUAGCAUAUUUUUCAGAUUAUAAGGCGCAUUAAGCGAAACAAAACAGUCAAAUAAGUCAAACUUUAUUAAACUCAU